CUCUCUCUCUCAGGUUGAGCUCAGUAAAUAUUCAGUUGGUGUCUCCUGGUUAAAGACUGUCUUAUAUUCAAUACAGUUUGUUACUGAUAGAAUAUCUAUUGUCUCCAACAAAAUGAUUAAUGAUGUUAACCGAAUGAAACGAGAGGGACGCUGCGUCACUAAGCUCCUCCUCCGUCACAUGUCACUCACUCAAGAUAGCAACAAGAACCUGGGUAGCAUGGUCACACAGCUAAAGUUCUUAAACGAGUUACAAGAACGACUUAAAGCUCCGGAAGGAUCUUCGGCCAUCCUUGAUGAUAUGAUAAAGAUCAAGGAGUAUUUAUCAGACCCUGCCCACUUGCGUUUGUUUAUCCAUGGAGACGUCAGUUCACUGAGUAAAGACUCCUGGAAAGAAUUGGAGGGUUUUCCAAGCCUUGAUAAUGCGUUGCCAUGUUCCCUUCCUCCUAUCCCUCCCUCUUAUUCUCAGUUAUUACCUACGGCAUACGGUCAGUCUCUCAUUGCUGGAGUGGGCGGAGUUGAGUCCAACUACUUGACGCAGUGUCUUCCUUGUAUCACCGAUUACUCUCACCCUGAUCUUCCUUCCAUUAUGAUAUUUGCUGAAUAUCUGGCAACACUAGAAGGUCCAAUGUGGCGGCAGAUCAGAGGGAUGGGUCUAUCCUAUCAUUACAGUUUAACUGCCUCCCCGGAGACUGGUCAUCUCACUUUUGUGUUGUACAAGUCCUCUCAGCUGGUUCAAGCUUAUGAGGUUGCUAGGGACAUUGUCGUAAGUCACAUGAUUAUCACAUGA